AUGGCGUGCGCCAUCGUGUGGCGAGGCCGCGUGACGGCGCAGGGCGUGCUGGGGGUGCGAAGGCAGGGCUCGCCCCAGCCCGCCACCCUGGGCGACCGCUGGCACCUGGGCUCGUGCACCAAGGCCAUGACCGCCACCCUCGCCGCCAUACUCGCCAACGACGGCGUGAUCAGCCUCGACACGCCCAUCACCGAGGCCCUUGCCGACCACCUGGCCACCACCCGCGUCGACUCCGCCUGGCGCCACGUCACGCUCAACAUGCUGCUGCACAACCGCGGCGGCGCGCCGCAGGACAUUCCGGCCGAUGACAUGCGCGCCUGCUGUGCUGGUGGCCUUAGUCCGACCGAGUCGCGCCUGGAGCUGGCCAAGCGCAUACUGGCGCGGCCGCCCGCGGUCGCGCCCGGCACCAGCCACGUCUACAGCAACGCCGGGUUCGCAAUGGUGGGCGCCGCGCUCGAGCUCCGCACCGGCACGGCCUGGGAGCGGCUGAUGCAGGACUCCCUGUGGGCGCCGCUCGGCAUCACCACCGGCUCGUUCGGUGCGCCAGGCACGUCAAGUGGUGUUGACGCCCCGCACGGCCACACCGAGUCCGACUGCCGGCCGGUCGCGCCCGGACCCGGCAGCGACAACCCGGCGGCGAUCGGCCCGGCCGGCACCGCAGCGAUGACCGUGCGGGACUGGGCGCGCUUCGUGGCGCUGCACCUCGACCAGGGCAGGGGCGCGACGGCGCCGCGUCUGCUGUCGCCAGAGGCCUUCAAGCGCCUGCACUGGCCACUGCAGGGCGAUGAGGCCGCCUACGCGAUGGGCUGGGUGGUGUCGGAGCAGCCGGGCUGGGGCGGCCGAUGCCUCACGCACAGCGGCGACAACACCCUGUGGCACUGCACGUCGUGGCUCGCCCCGGAGAAGGAGUUCGCACUGCUCGUUGCGACCAACCGCUCUGGCGCCUCCGUCGCGUGCAACGACGUGGUGCUGGCGCUGAUAGGGGACCACCGCACGCACGAGGGCGCCUCCUCAUUGUAG